CCCACGUAUAUUCUCUUCCUCUCGAAAACCACACAAUGUAUUCUUUUCAAACAUGUUGUGAUGGGAUCGAUAUGAAAACAUGGGGUUUUGAAGGUGUAAGAAUUCUGCAACAACUUGAACUUGCCCCAAGAAAAGGAAUUUGCCUCUCCCGACCCCACUGGGAAGCAGGGCAGGUACACGACCGCCCAUGUCUAUUUAGAUCUCCAUACUUGCUCUUAAUUCUUCUCGACUGUUUUUUUAUGUCACGCUUGUUUCAAUCUCGACUUUUCAUACCCAAGGGGGUGGAAAAUUGCAUCAUUUUUUGUAUUUGUUAAGUAGAUAAUAUUUCCAUCUUCUUAUAUUGAUUUCAAGAGGCUAUUUUUUCUGCUCUCUCUCUCUCUCUCUCUCUCUCUCUCCCCGUCUGACAUCUUAAUUCCCCUUGUCUGGCACCCACUAAUCAUUUCCUAGAUUGCUUUAGCUUGUCCUAACCCACCCUUUUGUUCCUUGUCGCCUCCUAUCCCCUGUGUAUCCCAUUUUGCUGCUUUUGUGAAGCAUUAGAGGCAAGACAGUUCACGACGCAGAAAUGAGGUAAAUCUUCUGAGAAACCAGGGCAAAGGGUCUCCCACCCUCCCAAGCCCAAACAUAAUUCACCCUUUUUUUUUUUUUUUGUUGUAAAUUUCGUCUUGUAUAAUCGGUUUCUGUAAAAAGCUAAGAUAAGAACCUCGUUGUUGUUUGGUUGUGUUUGACAUAUCAAAAAAAAAAAAAAAAACAGAAGAAGAAGAAGAAAGAAAUAUUAGUAAGAAAUAAGUCCAAGUUCAUGGCGGGAUGCUCAAUUAUAACAAAUGGGUCUGUCUUAGAUUGUGUUGAGGUAGUUAGUGAUUUCCAAAAUAAUGGCCGUUGCCUUGCUACUGAUAAUUCCGAAAGAGAUGGCGUCGAUGAUCGUCGUGCUGAUUAUAUGGUUAAACUACGGUGCCUGUUCGACCAGGUUCUUUCAGUUUUUCUUAAAGAGAUUAAUAGUAAUGGUGUUAUUAGGCCUGUUCCGGCAAUGCUCGGUGAUGGGCGGUCCCCGGAUUUGUUUAAGCUGUUCUGGGUGGUGAGGGAGAGAGGAGGGUUUGACAUGGUGUCGAAGAAAGGGAUGUGGGCUUUCGUUGCGGAGGAAUCAGGUUUGGAUCUUAGUGUGACAUCUUCGGUGAAAUUGAUAUAUUGCAAGUACUUGAACGAGCUGGAGAAAUGGUUCGAGAAGAGGUGUAGAGAUAGGAAGUUGGGGAAUGGACAGUGUGGAUGCGAUGAGGAUUUUAGUUCGUUAUCUUUGGAGCUAGAGAAAGAGUUUAGAGGUUUAUUAUCGGAUGGUCCGGGGAGAAACAAGAACAGAGAUGUUGAGCUUGUUCGACUGGAAUCUUGCAAAAGUGGGAAGUACAUGGAUAUGGAUAUUGAGAGGAGUGGAUUUGACAUCUCAGACACCAACAUCGCUUGUACGAUGUGGGAAGAUGUUAGUAAAUGGCAUAGUGAUGAUGGCGAAAACGUUCACCAUGAUAGCAAAAGCAUUUUUAAUGAUGAGGCCACUGAUCGUGUGAUCAUCAGUUCUAGUAUUGCUAGGAGAGAACUUAAUUUUCAUAAGAGAAAGCGAGAAUCUUUGGCAGGAAUGCUGAAUUGGGUGAUCCAGAUUGCAAAGCAUCCUGAGGAUCCUUCAGUUGGAGUAAUGCCAGAGCCAUCAAAGUGGAAAGAACAUGAAAGCAAGGAGUUAUUGGUCCAGGCAAUGAGGGCAAGGGAAGCACUGUUUCUAAGAAGGCAUCCCAAUCCAAAAACUGAAGGAUCUCUUGUGGAGGAACUCUACUUGUUUGGUACAAAAUUAUAUUGCUUCGCCAACUUCUACAAUGAUAAUGGUCUGGAACUGCAGAAGAAGCUGAAGAUGCACCCCUCUAUGUACGAGGAUGGUAAUUCUCCUAGUCAUCAGUCUACAGAGAGGUUAAGAUGCAGUGAAAGGCUUCCUACUUCGGUAAAAUGCCGUGCAUGUUCUUGUUGCAAUUCAUGUUCGCCCAUCCAAAGUAAAUUAAGCCCUCACAAGAUAGAGUUGGAUAAUGGCCCCAAGGAGCAAGAACCUGUUACUGACAAUAUAUCGGCCACAAAUACCAUAGUCAACCCACCUGGGGAUGAUCCCCCCCAAAGACAAGUUUGUGUGGAUUCUCACCUCCAAGCUGAGGUCCCUGAAUGGACUGGUGUGGUUUCAGAGAGUGACUCGAAGUGGCUAGGGACAUGUGUAUGGCCUUUGAAACAUGAAAAGCAUAAUGGCUCAGUUGAAACAGAUCCCAUUGGGAGAGGAAGACCAUACUUAUGUGGCUGUCGACUCCCAGGUUCUGUUGAAUGUGUUAGAUUUCAUAUAGUUGAGAAGAGGAUGAAAUUGAAGCUUGAGCUGGGCCCGAUGUUUUAUUGUUGGCGAUUUGAUCGUAUGGGUGAGGAAGUUUCACUUCAGUGGACGAAUGCCGAAGAACAGAGAUUUAAGAAUAUGGUAAGGUCAAAUCUUUCUGAUAAUGCAUUCAAGUACUUUCCAGGGAAGACAAGGGAGAACCUGGUGAGCUAUUACUUCAAUGUAUUUCUUGUCCAGCGUAGAAGAUAUCAGAAUCAUGUGACUCCAAAGAAUGUUGACAGUGAUGAUGAUGAAACAGAGUUUGGAUCAUUAAGUGAUGGUUUUGGGCAUGAAGCACUGAAGGUUCCAGGCUCCAAGUUUCCAGCGUGUUCUGACAAUAAGCAAUGCACUGAUUUCGAAUAGGGAAAAAUGUGGAGCUGGAUUCCAUCACUCAGAUCAGAGAGGUUGAACAAUAUGACUUUGCCCUUGUUCAGAUUUUGUAAAAUAAUUUUCUCUCCCUCGUUUUCACAGAUGCAGCUUCUCUCUCCUUGAAAUUUUGGUGGGAUGAGAUUAUCACAUUCAAAUGUGAAGAUGCAAUUUUGAUGAGAAAGUUAUGACCAUGGUCGUGGAUGCCAAAUGCUGAGUUUCUGAAUUAAGUAGCUUUGAUUACUGAAGUAUCACUUCACAAGGUUGUAUUGUUGAGCUGGAUGCUGCUUUGUAAAUACUGUAAAACCAAUACUUCGUACUACCAUACCUUUAGGGCAUAACUAUCUCAUUAGACAGGGAGAGAGAUAGUGGCUCGAAUUCAAGUUGUAGUUUGAUUUUUUAGGUUUUAACUAAGAUGUGCAUGUGGUGCUCGAUCUUUUGAAUUAUUUGCAUCAUGUUAGUUUGUGUU